GAAAGUGACAUACAUAUGUAUGUCACUUUGGAAUGUGCACACCACACUACGUGCUGUAGCUCGACCCUCAAGUAGUGCAAAGCAAAAUCCCAGAGGGGAAAAUUAAAUGAAGGGGAGUACAAUAGCGACAUCUCCAUCACGAUCUCCAGGUAUGUUAGCGACCCUACCUCAACAAAACGGCCAACCCGACCCUGCGCCCGCAUAUGCAUCACGGGUCGCUGCAGCUGAAACCGACCCUGGCACAGACGCGCGAGGAGCGGCAAGGAUAGCACACGAGAGAAGCGGUCAGUCAGUCGAGGACUUUGAGAUGAAAUCGACAAUCAGCCAUGUUCUCCGGCUGGCGGCGUCAACGGCGACCGGGCGCGAGGCAGAAACGAAAGAAGGAUGGAAGGAACGAGGAAGGAGAGCCAGUGAGAUUUGCUAGCUGUACAUACGUGGUCGCGUCCGCUGCCAAUCAAUGCAUGGACC